AAAAACCAAACCAGCUAGAUGGCCAUGUUUACUGUAUCUCUUUCAUUCACGACUAGCAUCAUGUUUCUUUUGGGACUCCUGGUUACAAUCCUUUCUAUACCAGGUGCUCAAUCAGUAGGUGUUUGCUAUGGAAUGUUGGGCAACAACCUCCCCUCUCACUCGGAAGUCAUAUCUCUCAUGAAAUCAAACAAUUUCGAUCGCACAAGACUCUAUGAACCAAACCACGCUGCUUUUGAAGCUCUCCGAGGCUCCAACAUCGAACUCAUCCUCGGUGUCCCAAACUGGCAACUUCGGGAUUUCGCUGUCAACCCCUCCAGUGCCCAAAACUGGGUACAAACAAAUGUCCUCAACUUCUACCCUAGCGUCAGAAUCAAGUACAUUGCCGUUGGAAAUGAAGUAAGCCCCGUCAACGGAGACACAUCUCUGGCUGAGUUCCUCCUCCCCGCCAUGCAGCACGUGUACCAGGCAGUCAGAGCAGCCAACCUACAUGACCAGAUCAAGGUCUCUACCGCCAUUGAUACGACCUUAAUAGGAGUCUCUUACCCUCCAUCAGCUGGCGCGUUUCGCGACGACGUGAGAGGCUAUUUGGAUCCAAUUAUCGGCUACUUGGUUUAUGCUCAAGCACCACUGCUUGCUAACAUCUACACAUAUUUUAGUUAUGCCUAUAACCCUACAGACAUCUCUCUUCCUUAUGCCUUGUUCACUUCGCCUUCGGUUGUUGUUUGGGACGACGGUAAAGGAUACCAAAACCUGUUUGACGCGAUGCUGGAUGGAUUGUACUCGGCUCUUGAGAGGGCUUGGGGUGGUUCUCUGGAGGUUGUCGUGUCCGAAAGCGGAUGGCCAUCGGCAGGUGCCUUUGGAACGUCUCCUGAGAAUGCUGGGACUUAUUACUCCAAAUUGAUUCAGCAUGUGAAAGGGGGCACCCCGAAGAGGCCUGGUAAAGCCAUAGAGACUUACUUGUUUGCCAUGUUUGAUGAGAACCAGAAAAAUCCAGAGCUGGAGAAACACUUUGGCGUUUUCUACCCAAAUAAACAGCCAAAGUAUCGGCUCAUGAAUUUCGAGGGAGGAAGAUUGGAAACUCAGUAUAAUGCUACCAGUUCUCUCAAGAGUGAUAUGUAAUAAUAGCAUUGGUGGAACCCCUGGAUCCGUAUUUUUAAUUUUGUGUGCAUGUGUUUAGUUGAAAUAAAUUAAUGAGAGAACAUGCUU